AUGUCCACAACGUGCGGCUGCUCAAUCGUCCAGUGGGGCAUUGCCAUUGUGUUGCUGUCAGUCGCUACCGGGCCAGGAUAUGCCAUGCCACGUACUGGGCUGCCAACGCAGUUGUUGUUCAGCGAACUGCUUGGAGCGGGUAAUGAGGACAACACCUAUUAUGGCGAGCAACUGAAGUAUCAGCACCAGCAACAGCAGGAACAGAAACAGCAACGACUGCAUUCGUUUGCCAGGAAAUGGCCUUCGCUGAGGGAUCUGCUGCUGACCGCUGACUACGAGGACCUUGGCGUGCCACAGGAUAGCAAUGAGCGAGAAGUGGUCACCAGUUCCCGUCUCCUGGCGCGUCUGCACAAGCUCAGCGAGAAUGGCGGUGGCGAGGAGUUGCGCUACAACCUGGUCAACGACUUAACUGAAAUGCCUUCCAAGAAGGUGGUGUCCAGUCCUUCUCUCAAGGAGCACAACACCAAAAAGAAUGUGCAAUUUCGUAAACAAUACAUGUCGCCGUGCCACUUUAAGAUCUGCAACAUGGGCCGCAAACGCAAUGCCGGCUCCUAUGUACCCUACUGAAGCGAUCUGAAGAGCAGAACCCCCCAAAAUAAAACUGAAAAGUAAACCCCAUCUCCACCCUAAAAAA